UUCCCUUUUAAUGAAAACCUUGUUUCUUCCUCUUUUGGAACGCAAGUAUAUAUUUUAAAAAAGUAAAGGGCAGUAAGAACCUGAUCGGCUGUCCAUUUAGAGGAUGUCCAGCUCUCUCUCACGGCAGUCUCUGAUACAUCUAAGUGGCCACAAUGAAACUGUCCUCUGUCUUGACGUCCAUCCCGAUGGUCAGCUCGUCUCUGGAGCAGAGCAGGGAGAGAUCAUUGUUUGGAACACUGAGGGGAAGGCAGUGACCAAGAUAUGCUCCCCCAAUCAAGAAGAAGACGUGGCAUCGGUCUGUAGUUCGAAGUCAAAUCAAAACAUGGUAUAUUCUGCCGCGGGGCAGGGAGUAUUCAUUUAUGACUUGAGGUCAGGGACGUCACCUGUUCACCAGUUUGAGAUCAAUGAGGAUGAAGUAAACCAGGUCACGGUGAACGAACAGGGAACUUUUUUAGCUGCCUGUGAUGAUGCCAACACAAUAAAGGUAAUAAAUUUACAAGAGAGGAAAGUUUAUAAGACUCUAUGCAAGCACUCCAAUAUCUGCUCCUCUGUUUGUUUUCGGCCUCAGAGACCAUGGGAAUUGCUAAGUGGUGGAUUUGACUGUAAUCUCAUCCACUGGGAUUUCUCCAGAGGACGGGCAAUCAAGAAGAUUAACAUGCAGGAAAUUGGGGAUGAGAAGGAGAAUGCCACGGAAUACUUCAUCAACCCUCCCUUCAUACAUUCAAUUGCUUUAACACCAGAUGGGAGUCACACAGCAUGUGGACUCGAAAAUGGCAAAAUACAGAUUAUGACUAGCAGUAAAAAGCAGCUAGAGGCAGGGCAAACUUUAUAUGGACACACCCAGGGAGUAUCUUCAGUGGAUUUCACACCCCAGGGAUCUGGGAAGGCCGACCCCCCGGGGGAUGGUGGCCACGCCCCUAAGCUCAUCUCUGGUGGCAAUGACUGCCAGAUACGGAUAUGGACUCUUUUGGAUCAGCAAGAAGAUGGCAAUCCGGAGUGGGUUAUUGCUGAUUCUGAAAAACAUGUUAUUCAGCAUACUUCAAAAAUAAACUGUGUUUGCUCCUGGGGAAGUGACAAUAGCAAAAUACUGGUCGCAGAUCAGACUAAUCAGAUUUCCAUGUAUUCUGUGACGGGAUGUACUGAUUGACGGCCGAUUAUUUAUUAGGCAGACAUUGUGGAUGGUGCUGAGAAUUGACCGUUACGUAAUUUAAAGGUUACUAGUAGGAUUUUUUUAAAAAAGAAAAGUACAUUUUAGGUGUCUUCCUUCAAGUUAUUAGUCACAACAUUGUAAAACUUUGAAAAU